GCGAUUAAGCUUGACAUGUUUACUACCCGUAAUCUUCGCUCAAACAUGGCUGCACGCGACCAAACACCGGAGCAUUUGUGGGACAAUUCCUCAGAGCAAACGUGCGAAGCAACUGACAAAUGUCUGGCCAGCAAACCCUCGGAAGAAGUACUUUACCCCCCCACAGGUAACGUUGAACUGAGCGAAGUACCGGACUCAGAUCCUGCAAGCAUCGAUCAACUCUGGAAAGCCGUCUCGAAGACCCUCAAGCUGAAACAGCAGCAUUCAAUGGCCACCACAUCAUCCCCCGCUCCCGUCCAUCUUACCAAACGUAAUGUUGACGCAUUCAUGAACAAAUAUGGCAUCACUCUGCAGGAUAGCAUCUCGUUUCACGAUGUCACCAUUGGGGACGAGUUGAAAUCCGCCGACGUCGAAUCUGUCUGCAUCGCACCGGAGAGCAAGGGGUUUCUCACCAAUCACCUCCAGCAAAUCCACAUGCCCGACUUCCAAGCCUUCGUCACCGAGAAACUUUUCCGACAGGCGUACCACCAAGACGGCACCUACGGCAUCUCGCGACGACUCAUGGACUACGAAGCCAUCGCUGAAGGGAACCCUGAUCCGGCGCGACCCCACGAUAGGGCCCUUAUGUGGUAUGCACCGGUCCCUCUUUCUGCUCUGCCAAGCAUCCCUGCGGCCCCGAGGAAUUCGGCCCAGGCAACCACGUCGACCACCACCCAGCGUCCCCCCACCGUGCCCACGGGCAACGCCGCCCCCAAAGGAAACCCGGCAGCCGGAGCCCAGUUUCUCUCUUCCCUAGACGAAUUACAGCUCUGGGCCACGAAACCGCACAUCCUCUAUGCCCUCACGGACAAGAUCUUCAGUGCGACGUUCAAGAGCAGAGCAACCUUCCUUCCACGACUCCGCGAUGACACAAUGUAUCCCUACCUCACAGUAGAUGUUGUCGCUCAUCCGCUUGACGCUCACCUCAACGCGGCCUUUCUCGUUGCGUGCAGGGACCCCUUAGUCUUUGGCGUCACGGCGCUCUACAAUCGAUGGCUGCUUGCUCAGCAGCACGAUAUGCACGCCAAAAGAGUCGCCGCAUCUUCUCCGCCAUCGGCCUCGACGAGCUCGCCGUCCGAGCAGGAGGGCGACGCACAUCCAGGCACGGACUCGAUUCUGCACUUUGUUGUGCUCGUCUCCCAGAAUGGCUGGCUCCUCGUCAAGAUCAGCCCUCAGAGCUGGCCGGUGCAGGAGAACAAGUGGGCGGGGGUGAGGGUCGAAACCUGGCAGCGUGGGAAUAUCCGCGCCGGCUUUGACGAUCUUGCGGAUACGGUGAGGAGGAUUCACACUUGGGGCACCACUUCGUAUAAGGGGGCGUGCAAGCGCGAUGUUGAGGGGUUGUAUAAGUGUACGGGGGGAGCCCAGAGGUUCUUGUCUCCGGACGUUACUGAGACCGAGACGAAGGUGAAUGAGGAACCUGAGACCGAGACGAUGGUGAAUGAGGAACCUGUGGGGCCGGUGGUUGGGGGGCUAGCGGGCGGGAACCCGUGGAUUGAAGGACUACAUAGUGAUGGACUCACAUAG